CGCUCCAGAGGCAGGCGGCGAUAGCGGCACCGCGGCGUUUGGUCGACGGGGGGGGUUCGAUUAUAGCCGCGGAUUGCCGGUCCCAGACCCGCUCUUGGUACUGGUUUUACCGUUAUUACAUCGCUAAGUCAGUGAGGGAUGAGCGUAGGUGGCGCAAAGUCGGGUUUUGAAUGACUUUAGAUCGAGCGGAUCGAAGGAGCGGGUAGGCCGCGAGGGGGUCGGAGAGAAGCCUCGAACUCGAUUGAGAGGGUUCCCGGGCGCAGUAGCCGGCUGAGACAAAGAGGCCGGUGUACUGCAGGAAGUACGGGUGAGAUUCGACCAGUGGAUCUCUAACCUUGUGUUUUUUUCCCCUCCCCAGCAUCUCCAAGUUUAAUUGAUUUUAUAAUGUUUGCAUCCGAGCACCUUUUUUGAUUUUUUUUUGUGUGGGUGGGAGAUUUUGAAUGAACCUUUUUUGAUUUUUAGUUCUCUGGCAUAUGUCAGUAAUCAGCCUGGGGUGGACUUCCUGAAGGUCUACCUUCACUCGGAUUUGACGUGGCAACACCAUUGCCCUUCUUGGGUAUUAAUCCUAACUCCAUUUGCUAUCUCCCAUUUUAUGUUUGUAAAGCCUAAGUGCUGCUGGCUGUCUUUUUUCGUGUGUGUGUUGCUCAUGGCAUUUAAAGUUUUAAACCCUCAGCUGAUCUUUUUGUUGGGCUCUUCUUUCUUGAUAACCAGUGUGAGGUACCCAUGCCUUUGGACUUUGCCACUGGGGUAACCUAACUUCCCUUGUAAAGGUACUGACAUUGUUGGCUAAAUAUGAGUUUGUGAAAUCCAAUCUGCCCUUUUCUGAGGGGUGAGAUAGAUCGAUCAGGCUGAAGGAAGUUGGCCUGGUGUUCCUGGUUCUAAAAAAAACAUGGUUAUGCUCAGCUUCAGUGUGUGCUGAACUUUUUAAAAACAUUUUUGGCUAUUUGCCCUUCAACUUGGGUUGACUUGAUAUUUUUCCUUUUUUGUCCCAUGCUUAAGUUGGUUCCUCUUGAAAUUUUUUUUUGCAAUCCUGCCUUGUAAAUUGCAUGGUAGGUGAUAUGCGAUGAGUGCAUCAUAAUUUACCUGUUGGGUAAAUGUAAAUGGAAUAUGAUUUAAAAGUCAUGGAUAGGACAGUAAUGAUUAUGGGUGGUUCGUUGGCUAAAUUAAGUAGAGUUGCUUGCUAUGCCAUAAAAUCUGUGUCAUUUUUGUAUAUUGUAGCAUUGUUUUGUUUUAAGACCUCUUCUGAUUGUUAACUUAAUUUCCUUCUGUGAAGAGCAGUCCUUAAACAAAGCAUUCUUUUGAUGUAAGUUCCCAUUGAUUUCUUUUUUAAUGAAAACUCAGUUUUUGACUGAGCAAACGUAUGGCUUUCCUUUAGGUUGUCACUAUAGAAUGACCUGGAUGAGAUGACAUGGUUUUACAAGUGCAGAGAAUAUGUAAUUGGCACUGGGGGAAGGCAUCUUUCUCAUUGCGUUUUACUAAGUUUGUGCUCUUCCCCAGGCUAUGUUUAAAUUUUGCAUGAUUGUCUGCAGAAAGCAGGGCAACACUAGCCUCUAUUUGUGAUUAAAUGUCCUUUUCUAUGUUGUCCCACUAUUAAUACACCUUUGUCUGUGGGGACUCUGCAAACCAUAAAACAGGUGCAUUUUAACAAAAGCUUAAGCAUGUGUUUGUACAGGCUUAAACCACUUUUUUGGUAUCUUACUUAAGUAAAGCGCAAUGAGUAACAGAUGAAUGCAGAUACCAGUAUGUAGAGCAGCAUUAUGUCUCUUAUGCAUAACAUUCCCCAUGUGGGCAUUCUGCUCAAAUUGGUGUAUUUUUGUUCUCUAUGCUCCUGCCCAGCUCUUGAGCUGGUAGUCGAGCUAGGUGAAGCUCUGAUGGAGCUAUACAUCUGGGAACCCUACCACAAGCAUGGUCUAUUUUCAGAACAUCAAGUAAUUAACCCGAUUGUUGCAUCUUUUGUAAAUAUCUUGUAUUCAGAUGGAGACCAAGCCCACUGACUUCAACAUUUGCAGUUAUCCCCAGAAUUCAAAAACCCCACCCCACCCCCUUCUCCAGGUAAUGCAUUGUGCAACCACUCCUGAGAUGUAUCAGUAUAGUGAAGUGCUGUGAAAAUGCAACGCUUCAUUUUGUUGUUUUUGUGUCAGUGUUAAGAGACCUGUCAUUUUUGUACCCUGGUGGUUGUUGAGUGAUCAGCAUUCAAAUCCCAUUUUAAAUUAAUCAGUUCCUGAGUGAAAAUGUAACUUUGUUUUGCAUUUGGAAGUUUUUAAAUUUCCAUUUGUUCUCUUCAAUGGGUAUAACUGCAGAAUUUUUAUUUCCCCAUGUAUUCUUAUUUGACACAACCUAACUGAAUCCUUCUCUUUUAGAUUCAGUUCAUCUGAAUUUGAAUCCCAGUAUGGACGAGGUGCUCCUUCUGAAUGCAGUGUUAGCUACUACUAAUUUUUAGUUGUAAUUUUGUUGUUUGAAAGCUAACUGGUUGCAGAUAACUCUAGGCAUUCACAUUGAAAGUAUUGAACCAUUCUGAUUUUAAAGCUGCAGUAUCUCCUUUUGCACAUAAUGUGUUUCUCUGUCUAGUGAUAUGUUGAUCAUGAGCUAUGGUCACUUGGAAGAAUAUUUCAUCCUGUUAUCAAGUGGAUGAGUUGUGCUUCAAGUACUCAGUUUCCUGCCAAAAUGGUGCUUUGCACAGAAAUCUGUAGUGCCUUCACUUGAUGAAAAAGCUGCAGUGACUUCUCACACAAGUCUGACUUCUGCAUGCUGUUGGCUAUGGUGGGUGUUAUGAAAAGUCCUCUCUGGGUACACUCCUGUAAAAUCUAAUUUCUCCAAAAUAUUCUUCCUGCAGGUACUGAAUCCUGGCAGGAUAUUUGCAGUGUCUAUUUUGAUUCACUUGCAUCAUUUGGCACUGCUUGAGCUUACCAAUCUUUGAUCACAUUCUGAGGAGUUGUUCAGACAGGAGCAGAGAAUAACCCCACUGCAGGGUGUGUUAAGUCUUUUUGCAAAUGGGGAUACUCCAGUGAAAAUGUGUUUUUGUUGACAGAGGUCUGAGUAUCAAAGCAUGCAGGGAAUGCUGCUUACAAGUUUGGGGAGGUUGUUUGUGCUUUUCUUCAAUAGGUGCAGCUGUCCUGGAGAAGCAGAAUUGGACCCCGUGUGUUUUUUAAAUUAAUUAAAUUAGCCAUUUUCACCACAAAACAAAUCCAUAAUCCAAGGCCAACCAAGGCUGCGGAAUCUCGUGGAAGAUUAUAGAAAAAAAAUAGGAUGUUUCCCAUCCGCUGUAAAUGUAGCCGAUGCCUGGCUGCAUGGUUAUGAACUUUUAUCGGAGGAGUUGAUUUUUUAAUCCCUGGCUUCCUGCAGUUCAACAGAGAAGAAGAUGGACUCAUGCUAACACCUUCAAGUAGAGUAUUUCUCAGGCACUUUGUGCAUGCAGAUCCCAAAUAUUUCUGUGCAGUGUGUGAAGAUGGAGGUGAUGCUGAUCCAUUUAUAACUGAUGGAUUGAGUGUUGGUUGGCCUGCAGGAUCACGUUGACUGGAUAUCUGAAGAAAACCAACCAUAUUGCUGACUAUUCAAAGAUAAAAGGUGAAGAACGUUCCAGAAGAUUAGCAUCUUAUCGUCGCGCCGAACAGAUUAUCUUGCAUUGCAACUGAACAGAUAGGAGUGUGGACAAAGUAACAUUGAAAUCUUUGGUUUGUUUGGAAGGAGCUGUUAUAAUCCAGCCAUGACUCAUCAAGGAGAUGAUUGCUACUUUUACUUCUAUUCUACAUGUGCCAAGGGCGACAACUGUCUUUUUCGGCACUGUGAAGCAGCCCUUGGCAGUGAGACCAUUUGUACCUUAUGGCAGGAAGGGCGUUGUUUUCGCCAGGUCUGCAAAUUUCGUCACAUGGAGAUUGAUAAACGGCGGAGUGAGAUUCCAUGCUACUGGGAGAAGCAGCCCACAGGGUGUACGAAGUUGAACUGUGCUUUCCGCCACAGCAUGCCUCGCUUCGUUGAAGGAGUCUUCUUCCCUGCUACGAAAGGUGUCCAAACCAAGCAGGAGGUGUCUGAGGCAGCUGAUGAGCCCAUAUUACCACAGUUACCUGUAAACCAGCUGCAACAGCCCAAGAUUCCAAUUCAAUCUAAUCCAUCCCCUCAAGUUCGGGGAGUAAUGAAACUAGAGGCAUCAGAAAAUGUUCCAAGCCCCACUCACCCUCCGGUGGUUAUCAACGCUGCAGAUGACGAUGAAGAUGAUGACGAUCAAUUUUCUGAAGGAGAGGAAAAUAAAAACACUCAGCCUCCUACUGCAGAAGAACAGAACGGCAUCCGCAUUACUUCUGCCAAGAGACAGGCUGUCCCUGUUAAGAAAGAUUGCACUUUGGAUUUUGGUAUAAAAACCUUGGAGCAGAUUAGACAGAAGAAAUUCAUGAAGGAGAAAGUGAAGAAAAUGGAUGAGCUUCCAACAGAUCUGGCAACACAGACUCAAAAGGUGGAGCCGAAUCGUGAAAACCUAGUCAUUGAAAAGGAAAAUGUCAGAACAGUUUUCCGAAAAGUAACUGUAUCUCCAAAGAAAUUAGCCAUUAACGAAGGUGAAUUGCCUUUUAAACGCAGUCUUGCCGAAAGACUUGGCAAAAAGAAAGUGAUGCCAAAGGAAACCCCUGAAGAGUUGCCAGUCAAAGCUGAGAUUGAAACAACUUUAAAGCGCAACCUCUCUGAGAGACUUGGCAAAAGGAAGAUACUGGCUGAGGAUGGCUCUGAAGAAGUGGCACAGAAAGUUCAAAAUCCCAGGUCCAUAAGAGAGAGGCUUGGUCUGCCUGCAGAUAUUACCACAGCAGAAAAUGAAAAACCUGUUACUAAAACGGAAGGCUCUGGAGAAAUAAGAGUGAAAACCUUGGAUGAGAUUCGCAAGGAAAAGGCUGCAAAGAGGGACCUUGUUGAUGGCAAUGGAGACUUUAUAGUUGGUGUUGCAGGUCUUAAUAAAUCUACCCAGGCCUCUAGUUUCCUGGAGGAAGCAUCUCAAAUUAUUAGGACAGUACGAGUAAAAACGGCUUCGGAGUCUCUACUGAAGAAGCAGGGGCAGCUUCCAGAGGAAACUGGAAAGAACAAUCUAUCCAAAAAGCACCCUGAAGCCACUCCAAGAAAGGAACAAAAUCCUGGACUUGGAAAAGGAAAGGGAAAAGGUCAGAAGGUAGCCCCUGAUGAAGCUGUAACUAAGCCAAAGCCGCUGGAACAAAUAAGAGUUAAAACUCUUGAAGAGAUACGACGUGAGAAGGCACUGCGAAGACAUGGGAACCAAGAGAGUCUCGCAACAUCUCAGGAGAGUGAGAAGCCAAGGAAUGAGACUCCACCUACCCGCAAGAGACUGCUGCGAAUCACCAAACCUAUAGAGGCUGUCCAGCCAGAAAAGGCUGAUGUUGAACCGAUGGAUGUACAAUCAGUGGAUGCUGCUACCGCCCAAGGAGACACAAGGGAACUUAAUAAGUCUGCAAAUGGAAAAGAAAGCCUAAGGUUGCAGAAGGUGCAAGUUAAAAGUUUUGAGGAAAUACUGAAGGAAAAACGCCUUCGGCAGCUGCAGGAAAUUGAGAAACCGCCAAAUCAAACUUUGCCAGGAGAAGAAGCAGCCACAAAUAAAAUGGGCUGUGACAUCCAGGCUGGUGACCAGAAUAGUCAGUCUGCCGCUUCAGAACCGAGAACAAACAAUCAACUUGGAACUGAACAACCAGUUGUUAUGACAGAUGGGAAGCUGACUACUGCCAGACCUGAAGUGGCAGAACCACCACGUGCUCUGAAAGUGAAACCCAAAUUAAAUGUGAAACCAUCAUUUGUGAAGAAUUCCUGUCCUGUGAGACCUAACCCAAAACGCAAAUCGCCUGACAGCCAUCCUUCCAGUAUUAUGGCAGUUAAACCACUGAAUACUGGAGCUACUGAUCUGACAAGGCAGCCUCCAGCAGGCUCUACUAUUGCACCCACAGCAUUGCCAGAACAGGCAGAAGAGGUAACCUCCCUGACUUCACAGGUGCCAGAAAAGUCCAAAGAAAGGAACAUUGAUCUUGCUGGACAGGGCAAGUCGACAAGCAUCUCACAGUCAGAGAUAAAAAGUUUUUCACCUCCCCAAGUGCCUGCUAAAGCUCGGAGGUUGAGCUCUACUGCAUCUAAGUCUGCCACAAGUGAGGAUGAUUUUGAAGAGCUGAUGAAAGAAUUCUCAGAUGAUAAACUUGAAGCAGAAAUUGAUCUGGACCCUGGAAAGGAUGAGGAUGAUUUGUUACUUGAACUAUCGGAGAUGAUUGACAGUUAAAAAACUUAAACUUUGUUUGGACCCACUCAAACAGAUUCAACUCUGCCUCUGGAAUAAACAAGACAUUAACAGUGGAACUACAUUUUGUAUGCCAAGGGGCUGUGUAAUUUAUAAAGCUGUAAACAAAGUUAUGACUACAUACCGUGUACAGAUAGAAACCAGAUCUGUUUUAUGCACAUGCUGGUUUUAUGACCAAUUUAAUUCAUUGAUUCAUUACGAACUUAUGACCCCCCCCCCCCCAAAAAAAAAAUGCAUCCAGACUUACACCGUUUGAAGAAAACCCAGUGAUGAAGCUUAUUAGCAGCUGGCAAUAUUUUUCAGUCAGCAUUGCUUGAAAGAGCCUUGCCCGUAUCUUGACAGUUCAGCACUAAUAGUUGUGUGUGUUCUUUCUUUUGUAAUGAUAACCCCCCCGUGGGCUUGGUACCUUGGCCUUUCCUAACCUCACCUGACUUCAGAAAUGAGGACACUUAAGGCUAAUUCACUGGGUAUUUCAUUUAUAUGUGGAGCUAUACCUAAUCUAAAGCAAAGUGAAAGUAUUUGGAGCAGCCUGGUUUAUAUUUUUUUUAAAUAAAAACUUUUAGAUUGUACACAUGGACUUAUAAUUGAAUCCUGAUGGUGUAUGCUUCAGAAAAAUGAUUACAAAUUUAGCAUUUAAUCACAUUAAAUCACAUUAUGAGAGAAAUUAGGAUUUCAGGACUUCUAAGCAUAUUUUAAAAUGGGAUAAGCUUAAGUCUGUGUCCAGAAUAUUGUUAUAACCUGUCUUGUCUGCAGUUCUUGAAUGUUACUGGGACUAUUAUGAAGUUAUAUUAACAGUUUGAGAAACAUGUUUUUAGUUCCCAGAGGGUUCUGGUUUAUAUUUGGGUGGUUAAUUUGUCACUUUUGCAAAAAAAAAUGGUGUUUAUCUCUUAAUGUAUUUUUUUUCCCUCUGCCAACAGUUUGCAACCCAUUGUUAAUCUAUCAUUAUUGUCGCAAAUUCGCUUGUACCACACCAUAUGCUUUGGUCAAGUUGGAGGAGGCUCUGAUCUGAAUGUAUGGGUAUCUGCAGAGAAUACUUGGUAUUUGCAGACCAUUCUGAUCUCUGUCCACGGACAUAUAUAGCUACUUGCCUUUGUAUAAUUUGUCGUGUUCACAUUAUGACUAUAGUAUAACAGCAAGUCUAAGAAAGUGUGGUUACUCUGAAGUUUUCUUAAAGUAAUAGCCAGCGAACAGAAGAUGUUGAGAUGAUACUGGUAUUAACUUGAGGUAUAAUCUUCUGAAUACAAUCAGUGUUUUGGUUUGGGAAGGUGGCAUAGUCUCUAACAAAAAAAUCAAAUACAUUUGCUGCCACUUCAGUUGCUAGGCUGAGCAUUGAAGAGGAUUAGACUCAUUGGGGUGUUCUAUUUGGUGUGUAAAGUUGGAAGAUUCAGCAUCUGUAACUUGAACACAUUUGAAGACAUGACCAGAGAUUUCUCAAGGAUGGAGUAAAGCUAACAGUAAAUAAUCCAAUGGUGUCCAAGAAGCUAAACCACUAUAUUUUGUUUUCCUGAAAACAGCCAAAGUCUAGCCAAUGUUGAAAGAUAAAUACCCUAAACACUCCUUAAUAUGCAGCCUUCAUGUGCAAAAGUUAGUAUUGUUUAUCUGUGAAGCCUGCUAUAUGCCAAUUGUUGAUAUUGUACUGGGGUUACAGCUAAGCUUUUGAUUUUCUGCUCGCUAUGUGUUGGGCUGAAAGAACUGAAGAAAAUCUGCUCCAACAGGAUGCUUAUAAACAUCGAAAAGCUUUGCAAGGAGCAGAGUCAAUUAGAUCGUUGGUAAAGGCCUGUUGUUGUUGAAGCAUACCCAUCUUGUGUGGAUCUUUGUUGACAGAGAUGGAGGAAGACAAAUUGGUUCACUCCAAGUCUGAUAAAUUUGUAGUGCCUUAAUUUAAACUAUUUGCUUUCUGCACUGCAAAGUAGUUUGAUUUCUGCCACUCCUUGCCCAACCAAACCUCCAAUCUACCACCAAUCAAAGCAGUAAAUUAUAAAUAUGCAUCCAAAACACUGCAACUCUGAUUUCUGUGCUCCAGAAAUAAUUCUGAAACUCUUUGAAAAGCAGCAGGAACUGCACUGUAGAAAUCAGCGCUGGUAAGAAAAAAAACAGAAUGAAAGUGCUGGAGCUGCAGUAUUAAAAUCCAGGAACUGGUUGUUUAGUGUCAAAGUAGACUUUUUAGCUGCUGAAACUACGAGAAAUAAAUAAAUUGGUUGUGAUCAUGGAGGUCACUACUUGUGUUUUUUUUCAUUUGCCAGUUUACUUGUAUCUUUAAAUUGAUGGACUCCACUCCCGCCCAACUGGCUGAUGAGAAAACAAAUGUUUUUAAAACAAUUGUAAACCCUACACAUUGCAUUUUACUCUGAACUGUAUGCUUAUACAAAUGCAACUUCAUGUUCCAGAGGACUUGCUAUCCUGUAAAAAUACUAGAGGUGCUUCUUCAAAGCAGCCUGUCAAUAUUCUGCAGAGGCAAUGCUAGCUUUCUUUAUGAAACAUUGUAAAAUCUUUUUGUUCAAUUAUGGUCUGCAUUUAGGUUGACUAAUAGAAUUUGUGUGUUUUAGGAUUUAAAGCAGAUGGUCUUGUUUUUCUAAUAUUUCUGUAUUUGUGCCCUUUGACUUGUGUACUUUUCUUUUUAUUGUUCAGACAUACAUCCAUGCUACUGGGUGAUUUUAUUUAUGAUUGUGCACACACUGAAUAUAUGACCUUUUCUUUGUAAUAAAAGGACUAUAUUGUUCAAA